AUGCCGCUGGAGCGGGCGGCGCUGGGAGUGCGGCCGCCGGCGUCGCCGCCGCUGCACACGACGGUGGCCGUGGCAUGGUCUGGCGACGGCGAGGCCGUGGCGACGGCCCAUGGCGGCGAACACGUUGUUGCAGUGUGGGCCAUGCCGGCGCUCUCCCUCGUCGCCGUCCUCUCCGGCUGCCGCCGGACGCCGUACUCGAUCGCCUUUGCCGGGCACACGCCUCACGCAUGGACCCUUGUCGCCGUCGACCUAGGGAGCAAACUGCGGGUGUGGCGGGUGGCCAAAGCCGAUGGCGCGGUCACCGUGCUGGCUGAGGUUGAUCUCGGUGGCGGUGCUGCGUCCUCGCUCUCUAUCGCGCCCGGCUGGGCCCUAGGCCACCCCACGCCGGGCGUCAUCGCUACCACUGUCUUUGGAGCCUCGGUGUGGGACGGCGCUUCCACGAGCACCGUCCGUGCCACCGCACUCGAGGCCAAGCUACCCGUUGUCGCCAUCCGCCGGAUCGCUCGCGUUCUUCACUGCGGGACCGCAGUCCUCGUCGCCUACACCAUGCCGCGGCCGUCGCGACACCAAGAGCCACGCACACUCGACGUCGGCGCCUGGGUCCGAUCCGGCGCGAGUAGCGAGCUCGUGCCGGCCACAGCCGACAGUGUGGAGCGCGUCACGGUCGACGCCCGCCAUGGCAACGUGCACACCUCGGUGAUGAAGCUCUUUACCUUGGUCGGCGACAGCCUGCGCUGCGAGCUCCGCAUUGCCGAGGCCGCAGUCUUCAUCGACGCCUCGGUGGCUACAUGCCCGGACUCGCGGCUUCUGGCGGCGUCGAUGCUUCAUGCUCGUGGCUUUAGGGUUGAGGUGUUCCACCUCCGAGGCCGGGCGCGCGGGAGCCGAGCGUGCGUGUUGCCGGUCACGCCGCGCCCGGCGGCGGCGGUCAGCCUCGCUUCGGGCGGUGCCCGGCUGGCGCUUGUUGCUUCCAGCCGCGAUCCACUGCGCGGCGUGAGCAACGUUGCCGAGGUGUGGGCCGUAAACGGCGCGCACCUCUUGGCCCGCCUGCGACUCUGGGCCAUGCCCAACGUCGUCUCGUUUGCGCCCGACGGUCUCGCGCUACUGGUCGGUACCACGACAGGCUCGUUCGUCAUCAUUGCUGUCAUCGUCUUCAGGCAGUGA